CUUUGUUUAGAUGAAUUAGUAAUAGCAACUACAAUUCAAUUUUUAACAAAACAAGUUUGUGGGCUUAUUUGGCAUGAGAAUCAAGCGUACCGCUGCAGUAUUUUGCAUGUGCAUCGGAUACGGACUGGUAUCUCUCUUUUCCGCAUACACUAUGAUUCAGAAACAUGAAACCAAGAGGAAAUCAGAUUUACACUCUGCUGAUCUACCGAACUUUCAACAAAAAGAAAAUAGCCAAGCCGACAAUAUAACCAUACCAAAGUUAGAAAUCAUUGAUACUAGUGGUAUAGGCAUGUAUUUAUGGAAACAUAUACUGAUGGCUGAUCUACCAGAUUAUCCAAAUGAAGGAUGGUAUCAGUCGAGAUUAACUACAUCAAAAUUUAAUCUAAGAUAUAAUCUUGGAAAUGGAUUAACUCCAUCCCAGUUGCUUGAAGAACCGAGUGGGAAUGUUAUGCUUGCGUUAAAUGGAAGAGACAAAUCAGUUUCAUCUCAUGCAGAACUCUGGUUGGACUACAUCCUAAAAAUGCCACACUUAAAAAAUCUUGGUCUUUUAUUACUAGGAGAUGAGAGUUGCCACAACACAAUGCUAAAGAAGUAUUUAAAACAUGAAGUUUUGAGGGUUGUGUUUUUAGUCUAUGAUUCUCCAUUGGUUGACAACAUUAGAAUCUUCCAGUGGCCUUUGGGCGUUGCAUCGUACAGGAACUUUCCAAGUGUUAAAUCAGAGACUCUUGACAUAGAGAAAGAACGUUCAUAUAUAUGCAACUUUAUUGGAACUGUGUACGCUAAUUCUUCAAGGGAAACAUUGAAGUCAGAGACUGGCUUCAUGAAGAAUGGAUCAAAGUGCAUUUUUAAAUACAGGGAAAGUUGGUUAACUGAGGAGAGUGCCAAGUCAUCAGUAACCUAUCAGCAUGCAUUACUGAACAGUGAUUUAACUCUGUCACCAGUUGGGAAAAAUUCUGAAUGUUACAGGACAUAUGAGGCAUUAGAAUAUGGUUCGAUUCCUGUAAUAGAAAAUCAAGUACAACCAAACAGUUGUGAAGGUACUAAACUGGCACCAUACAGCUUAUUAAAACAGCACAGUGCACCUGUGUUAUAUGUGCAAAAUUGGAAACAGUUAAAGUCAGUUAUUGAUACAUUUUCAACUUUUACUCUUAAAGAAAAAAUAGAAAAAAGAAGAACAUUAAUGAAGUGGUAUCAGGAUUUUAAACUGGCAAUGAAGAAUUCAUUCUUACAAAACAUGUAUAACUUAUUUCGGCAUAAAUCAUGAUUUAUGCCAAAUCAUAAAAGUUUUGAGCUAGUUUUUAUAUAUAUAUUUUGUGCUUUAAGUUUUGUAGAUUUUUAUUUCUAUGCUUUUAGCGAAUCAUGACAUUAUGUUGUGUUUUUCUUGCAGUGCUUUUCAAAUCUCAGUAAAUCAAUUUUCUGUUAUGUUUUUUGCUUGAAAAAGUGCAUCAAGUUUUUCUUCCAACAUAGAAUUUGUAUUUCUUAAACCUGCCACUACCUUGAACGCCCAUUUAAAAUAUUCUUCAACCCUUUGUUCGCUCCAGCCUAAAAAACAACUUUUUGUGUUAUUUUCUGUGAUGUGUUUUAGUAUCUACACAGUUGUACUCUAUCUUUUUUUCAGUGUUUUUUUUGCUCUGUCGAUGUUUCACACAUUUGUGAUUUUAUGAUCAAUGAACCGUUCUGUAACUUAUAGCUUCUUGCCUUUUCACACAUUCCAUACCCUUCUAACAGUUUAGUAUGAUUUGGGACUCGAUUUGAAUGAAUGUUACUUACUUUAUCGUCGCAAGGCUGAAAAACGA